GCUUUUAGCAGGCGUCAGGGCGUCCCUUGUUCCCUUUCUCCCGGCCUGCUCUGACGCGGCUUUACGACCUGCUCUGGCCAGACUUCACGAGCCGCGACGAUAUUCCUCAAUGGCCUCCAGUAACGAUCCUUCAUCCCAGAUCCCGGACGUGCGCGCCAGCCUGGGACCGCUUCUGAUCGCCUCGACGAUCUCUUGGGCGUUCUGGGGUCUGCUGACGAUGCAGGUGAUACGGUACUAUCUUUCGUAUAAGCGAGACACCACGAUCACGAAGACCUUGGUCGCCAUCGUCUGGUACGAACGCGCUCGCUUUGCCAUAAUAACAAGCGCCAUAAUCACCCACACCAGGUUCCUAGAUAGUGCACACGCUGUGAUUCUCUAUCGUGGUGUCUACCAAUGUCUGAUAAACGACUUUGGACGGAUGAUCGCACUCGAAUUCUCACGCGUCUUUGGCGAAUUCCCUCCGCGCGCCAUCGUCACCAUUCUAGUACAAGGCUUUUGUUAUUGGCGGAUAUGGAAGUUACACCGCAGCUUCAUCCCUCUCGCGCUUUUUGUCAUAAUGGCUCUCGCGCAGAUAGCGUUUAUGAUUCUAUACAUGGUGACGACGUUUGGAACCUUCCCAGCGUCGCGCAAGAGCUCCCUCCUCAAGUGCGCCUCCUACGGCUACCUCGCCGCCGUCUUGAUUACGGACCUGACCAUGGCCGGGCUGCUGUCCGCGCUGUUGUAUAAGCAGCGGAAGGACACGCCGUACCAGAGGACGAGCGAGAUGCUCCGCCGCCUCUUCUACUACUCCAUCAAUACCGGGACCUGGACGGCCGUGUUUGCCCUAGUCGCGAUCUUGACGGUCAGCUUCCAACCCAAGACCGCCUGGUGGGCAGCGAUCUUCGACGUCGGCGUUUGCGGCGUGUACAGCAACACGCUGCUCGUCAAUCUGAACGGGCGCGACUUCGCUGCGGGGGAGCCGGAGGUCUCGCACUCGCCGGUCUCGGCGCAAUCAACCAAGCAUGGGCCGCUGCGGGACUCGAAGCGCGGUCCGCUGAGGGACUCGAAGCGCGGACCGUCCACGGAGUCGACGGCGACGGAGGCGAUACUGCCUUUUGAGGCGGCGAAGCGGUCGCAGAUUUCGGACGUGGAGUAAAGGGAGCUCCUCAAGCUCGGACACUUCGUUUUUUUUCUAAUCUCGCGCGCUUGAUCACUAGUCUAAUUGUACAACUACGAGAGAGUCUGCAGGACAAUCUGACAGAGAAAUCUACGCAUCC